GUGAGCCGGUGAGCUCCAUGCAUUCCCCGCGGUACCCGAGCCCGGCCGAGUUGGACGCCUACGCCCAGAAGGUGGCCAACAGCCCCCUCAGCAUCAAGAUCUUCCCCACCAACAUCCGUGUCCCGCAGCACAAACACCUCAGCCGCACUGUCAAUGGGUACGACACGACGGGCCAGCGCUACAGUCCCUACCCGCUGCACGCCAGCGGCUACCAAGGCCUGCUGGCCAUCGUGAAGGCGGCGGUCUCCUCCUCCUCGGGCUCUGGUUCUGCCCCCGCCACCGCCGCCGCCUCCUCCUCCUCAGGCAAAGGGGUGGUCAAGAGCGUGGAGGGCAAGCGGACGAAGCUGUCCCCUGCGGCCGUGCAGGUGGGCAUCGCGCCCUACCCCGUGUCGAGCACUUUAGGGCCCAGCGCCGCCCCCCUGGGCUACCACGGCGGGCAGAAGCCCCUGGAGGGGCCCGCCCUGCCCCCCAACGUCACGGUGGCGGCUUCGGUCAUCCCCCUGGCCGGGCGUGGGCUGGCGCUGCCACCCUCCAACCUGCCCUCCAUCCAGAGUAUUAUCUACCAGGUGAACCAGCAGUGCCAGGCCCAGGGCUCCCAGCCGGCCUGCCAGGGGGUAGCGGUCACUCACCCCAGCCCGGCCAAGCGCCCCACGGCCGCCACCCCCGCCGGCUUCUCCGGCAUGGCGAGCUCCGCGCUGGCCUACGCCAGCGCCAUGCUGCCCGACUGUCGCAAAGGGGCCGAGCUGGUGGUGGGGGCCACGCCGGCCAUGGCGCUGGGGGGCCUCAAGCCCGCCGGGUACCCGGACGGCGGCGGCGGCGGCGGGGCCGGCCUGGACUAUCUGCUGUGGCAGCAGAAGCAGCAGCAACAGCAGCAACAGCAACAGCAACAGCAGCAGCAGCUGCGCAUGUACAGCGCGGGCAGCGGCGGGGGCGGCGCCGUGAGCAAGUCCCCCGAGGCGUGCGGGGCCGCCCCCCGCCCCUACGCGCUGAGCGGGGCGGGGGACAAGGUGAGCUCCUCCCCCUUGAACUGCGUGGGCAUGCACGGCAACUUCUCGGUGGGGCCCUACUUCGCGCCGCCCUGGAACAGCAUCCUGGUCACCCCCAACAGCGACUGUUACAACCCGGGCCCCGAGCUGGGCCCCGGCCCCCGGGAGCUGGCCGUGCACCCCGCCGACGGGCUGGCCGGCCUCCCCAGCAAGACGGUCUGCAACACGUCCAUCCUCAGCAGUAGCCUCCAGUCCCUGGAGUAUCUCAUCAACGACAUCCACCCGCCCUGCAUCAAGGAACAGAUGCUGGGCAAGGGCUACGAGACGGUGUCCGUCCCCCGGCUCCUGGACCACCAGCACGCCCACAUCCGCCUGCCCGUCUACAGAUAA